AGAGGCACAGCGGAUUCCUGUGGCCCGAACGGUACCUGGUGUAGGGAGCAGGGAUUGGUCCGAAGCUUCGAGACCAUCAGGAAGGGGCGGGGCUUACAAUGGAAUGUUCUUCCGUAUCGGCGGGUGGCCCACGGGCAGACGGAAGUGCUCUGUGUUGUUGCCGGAAGUGGCGAGAGAAAGUUUGUGAUGGCUGCUGCGAUUUUAGCCGAGAAGGUGCCCGUGGACAGCUCGGAGGAGGGGGAGCAGCCCCCGGCGGCGCCCGCGGAGCUGGCCGCCCAGAAGCGCGAACAGAGGCUGCGCAAAUUCCGGGAGCUGCACCUGAAGCGGAAUGAAGCUCGUAAAUUAAAUCACCAGGAAGUUGUUGAAGAAGAUAAAAGACUUAAGUUACCUGCUAACUGGGAAGCCAGGAAAGCUCGUCUGGAGUGGGAGCUGCAGGAAGAAGAAAAGAAGAAGGAAUGUGCGGCGAGAGGGGAGGACUAUGAGAAAGUGAAGCUGCUGGAGAUCAGUGCAGAAGAUGCAGAAAGAUGGGAAAGGAAGAAGAGGAGGAAAAACCCUGACCUGGGAUUCUCAGAUUAUGCUGCUGCCCAGUUACGCCAGUAUCAUCGGCUGACGAAGCAGAUCAAGCCUGACAUGGAAACCUAUGAGAGACUGAGAGAAAAACAUGGAGAAGAGUUUUUCCCAACUUCCAACAGUCUUCUUCAUGGAACACAUGUGCCUUCCACAGAGGAGGUUGAUAGGAUGGUCAUAGAUCUGGAAAAACAAAUUGAAAAACGAGACAAGUACAGCCGGAGACGUCCUUAUAAUGAUGAUGCAGACAUUGACUACAUUAACGAAAGGAAUGCCAAAUUCAACAAGAAGGCAGAAAGAUUCUACGGGAAAUAUACAGCUGAAAUUAAACAGAAUUUGGAGAGAGGAACAGCGGUCUGAUCCCUUCAGGAACUGUUUCUGGAAGCUUGAGAAUGCUAGGGAAAUUGAAGUUCUCUUCAAAGUUAUCCCAGGAAACCAGCACUCAGUCUACUAUGCUUGCCCACUCAACGUUUACAAAUAAAUGCUUCUUCUUAAACAUAUGCUUCCAUGUAUAUUACCACAUUUCUGUGCUUUGAUGUAAGAUGUAUUUUAAGAGGCAGCGUACUUGUUUUGUAAAAAAUCUACUUUGUACAAAUACUAAUUAUUUUUCUAUGUAUUUUAAAUGUGUAUGACUAUUUAAUCUUUGAAGCAUUUUGGGUUUAGGAUUAUUGGCAGCAUACAUAAAUUAGUCAUUGCUUUGAGUGUUGUUAUGAAUCUGACAAAAUCUAGAACUAGACUCAGCAACCUUUUGAGGUUGUAGACCGUGAAGCUAAGUACAGUGAGAAGGAAGGUGGCCAUGGCUACUGGAGGGCUCUCUUUACCCGUGGCCUCUUAUGAACAAGUCAGGAAGCAGAACUAUCUUCCCAUGAAUAUUGACCACAUACAGUUCCUUUUAUAAAAAGCAAAUAUCCUGCGGAAUAGAAUCCCUACUAAGCACUAAUAUUUAAAACAAAUAUUUGUACAAAAAAAAAUCCAAAUAUUUGUGUGUGUGUGUGUGUGUAUACUUGUAUAUAUAUGCAAAAUUACAUGCUUUCAUUGUGUGAACAAAAAUUUUUUUUAAUUAUGGGGAAUUCAAAACAGUCAAAAGAAGACAGAAUGAUACAAUGAAUCCCAUAUACCCAAUUUUCAAUAAUCAUAAACUCCUGGCCAGUCUUGUUUCAUCUUCAUUUCUGCCUACUUUCACUUCUGGGAGUCCCAUGUUAUUUUGAAGCAAAUAUUAAAUGUAUAAUUUUGUCUAUAAAUGUUUCAGUAUCAAAGAUAAAGACCACUAUAAUCACAAUGAUAGUUUUAAUAAAUUCCAGAGAGAAAGA